UCCUCAGGUUAGCAUAAGUCACUUGUCUCGAAGCCCCUUGCUAAGCGCAUACAACGUACAACCAUCGUUUGUGUUUUGUUAACCCUCACAUCUGAUGAGCAUGGCUUCAAGCGUACUCGGUGUGAGCAUUAGAGCUCUUCGCCAAUGCACUCCUCCACUUUAUUCUAGUUUUCGCCCAAUCUGGGCACUUUCAAUGCGCGCGCCUCUACGAGCGAGCACAGUUUUCAACUCUAGCGCAUCUUGUAAGCGAUUUGCUAGCGUGCUCGAAGCGCGUUACUACUCGACGCAAGCCGAACCGCAAGAAGAUUACCACACCAUAAUUAAGAAUACAGAGAAAGGAAGUGGCGCCGCCGAAAAGCGAGAAUUCCAAGCCGAGACUCGCAUGCUUCUUGAUAUCGUGGCGAAGAGUUUGUACUCCGAGAAAGAAAUAUUCAUACGCGAGCUCAUCUCCAACGCGAGCGAUGCUCUGGAGAAGUUGAGGUACUUGCGUCUGACGAGCGAGGGCCAGGUUUCGGGUGGUGGUGUUGAUUCGCCGCUAGAAAUUCACGUCGCCACGGACAAGCUCGCGAAGACUUUCACCGUGCAAGAUACUGGGGUCGGCAUGACCCAGGAGGAAAUUAUCAGCAGCCUCGGGACGAUCGCGCGUUCGGGAUCGAAACAGUUUUUACAGGAGUUAGCCAAAGGCGGCAGUAACAGCUCUCCGAACAGUAUCAUCGGCCAGUUUGGUGUCGGUUUCUACUCCGCGUUCAUGGUGUCUGAGAAGGUCGAGGUGUUUUCGCAGUCGCGGAAGCCGGGGUCGAAGGCGGUCUGCUGGUCGUCCGACGGAUCGGGCCAGUACGAAGUGUCCGAAGCCGAAGGCGUGCAAGAAGGAACGAAAAUUGUCCUCCAUCUCAAACACGAUGCCGCAGAGUUUGCGGAUGAGGACUCCGUUAAAAACACAAUAAAGAAGUACAGCAACUUUGUUGGAAGUCCGAUCUUCCUCAACGGCAAGCAGAUCAACACGCUGGAAGCCCUGUGGCUGAUGGAUCCGAAAGAAGUGACGUCGGAGCAGCACGACGAGUUCUACCGCUACAUCUCGAGCGCGUACGACGUGCCGAGGUUUACGCUCCACUUUCGCACGGACGUUCCUCUGAACAUAAACUGCCUGCUCUACGUUCCCGAAGGCAAGCCGGGACUCUUCGAGAUGAGCCGGGACACCGAGAGCGGGCUCUCGCUUUACUCGAGAAAAGUCCUCAUCAAGAAUAAGGCCGAGAUCCUCCCGAAGUGGCUGCGUUUCGUCAAGGGGGUCGUAGACAGCGAGGACAUCCCUCUCAAUCUCAGCCGCGAGCUGCUGCAGGACAGCGCGCUCAUCCGCAAAAUCCGCACGGUCAUCACGAACCGGCUCUCGAGGUACCUCUACGACAGGAUGAACAAAGAACCGGAGAGCUAUCGCAAGUUCUACCACGACUACAGUGUUUUCCUCAAGGAAGGAAUUCUCGCAUCCCACGAGCAGGUCGAGAAAGAGGAAAUUGCAAAGUUGCUCCAAUUCGAAUCGUCCACGAAGCCGGACGGGGACAAGGUCACGUUGGCGGAAUACUGCGCCAACAUGAAGGAGGGCCAGAAGGACAUCUACUACCUCGCGGCUCCGAGUCGACAGCUUGCGGAGUCCUCUCCGUACUUCGAAGCCGUACGUUCGCGCGACGUCGAAGUCCUCUUCUGCUUCGAACCUUACGACGAACUCGUCCUGGUGCAGCUCCAGCAGUUCAACCGGAAGAACGUUACGUCGAUAGAAAAAGAAAUGAGACGCGACGUCGAGAAGACGGAGAAAGUGAGCGACGAAGUGACGGAGGUGGCGGACUGGCUCAAGACGGAACUCUCCCCGAUGGUCCACAAGGUGAAGGUGACGAAGCGGCUCCAGAACCAUCCGUGCCUGGUCUCCGUCGAGGAGAUGGCUGCGGCGCGGCACUUUGUCAAGACGACGUUCCAGUCCUUUUCCGAGGAACAGCGCUACAAGUUGCUGGAACCGACGCUGGAGAUCAAUCCGGAGCACGCAAUCAUCAAAAAGCUGCAGACGUUGAAGAGUGACAAUCCGGAGUUGGCGAAGAAGUUGGCGAGACAGCUGUUUCACAACGCGAUGGUUGCAGCUGGACUGGUUGAUGACCCGCGUAAAGUUACGGUUGAGUUGAACGACCUGUUGACUCUGCUCUUGGAAAGGCACUGAGCAUUAUUUUUUUGUUCAAUAUAUGUAUGCAGGACAUGUAGCUAUGUUGAGAACGGCUUUAUAUUAGUGUUCUGUGGUGCACAUAAAGGACAGUGUUGGUCGUGGAACAUUCUGCUGCAUUACAGGGGGCCGUGUCAAUAUCUUGACGAUGUAAUCGGAUAAUGUGUUUGAAAAUGUAAAUGUACAGUGUUGAAACUAUGCCAUUCUGGACAAUAUUUUCUGCGUAACUGCUGUCUCUCUGCUCAGAGUGACCAGCAACUACAUAAACGCGAAAUCAUUUACCCAACCUCGUUGGAAUGCACUCAAGAUGAAAAUGUGUCACUUUGGGCAAAACAGACUUUUGUGUAUCAUAGGAAUUUCCAACUAAACUAUAAAAUAGAGGAAAUAAAGCAGUUUAAGGAUAA